AUGGAUGAUACAAAUACCGAAAGAAAUGAGAAUUUGAAUUCCACGUCUGGUUCUGGUUCUGGUUCUAUCAACAAUAAUCCCAGAAAUGAGAAUCCGAACCCCACUUCUGGUGCCACCAAUAAUCCGAACAGCAUUGCACCCUCAUUUGGACCUGGUAAAACUGAUCCUGCAUGGGCAUAUGUUUCCCUUAAGAAAGAGGGGAAAGUAAAUGUCUUUACCUGUCUAUUUUGUGCAUCAAGUUAUAGAGGAGGUGGGAUAAAUAGAAUGAAACAACAUUUAGCUGGUGUCUCUGGUCAAGUUUGUUCUUGUAAAAAAGUUUCUCAUGAUGUACGUGCCAGAAUGAAAGAAUCUUUGGUAGAAGGGUCAAAGAAAAAACAUGUUAAACAUGUAGAAGAUGACACUGAAACUAGGGAAAUUGAGGAAUUGGUUGAUUCACCUCCACUUAGAAUAGGCAUUGAAAGUAGUGGCAACAAGAGAAAAGCUCCUGAAGCUGGGAGGGUUGACAAUUAUUUUGCUCCUAGGACAUCUUCUGGUUCCCAACCAAGCCUCAAGAGUGUAUUGUCAACUAAGGAAGCACAAUAUAAUGCCAAGAUGGUUAUUGCUCAAUGGGCUAUUGUUAAUUGCAUUCCAUUUAAUGCAUUGGAUUGUCCUCUUUUUCAAAAAGUUGUUGAUGCUAUUGCUGCAAUUGGGCCUGGUUUUAAAGCCCCUAAUGCUUAUGAUUUUAGAGUUAACUUGUUGAAAGAUUGGAAGAAGGAAUGUCAGUUAUUGAUUGAGAGUCAUCGUGCAAAAUGGAAGGAAAAUGGUUGUACACUCAUGGCUGAUGGUUGGACUGAUGUUAGACAAAGAACUUUGAUUAAUUUCUUAGUCUAUUCGAUACAUGGCAUGGUAUUUGUGAAAUCAAUUGAUGCUUCAAAUGUAGUUAAGGAUGCUAAAACUUUACUCUCAUUAUUUUGUGAAGUUAUUGAGUGGGUUGGUCCUGAAAAUCUAGUUCAUGUGGUGACUGACAAUGCUGCUAACUAUGUGGCAUGUGGUAAACUGAUUAAAGAGAAAUAUAAAACUAUUUAUUGGUCACCUUGUGCAGCUCAUUGCUUGAAUCUUGUCUUGAGAGAUAUUGCUUCUAUGCCUCAUGUGUCAAAUCUUGCAACAAAGGCAUCUAAAAUCACUAUAUUUGCAUAUAAUCAUACAAUCUUCUUGUCAUGGCUAAGGAAAAGACCGGGUUGGAAGGAAAUUGUUCGCCCUGGUGCAACAAGGUUUGCAACUACAUUCAUUACCUUGCAUAGCAUAUAUUUGCACAAGCAUGAUUUACAAGCGUUGGCUAUUGAUAAACAUUUUGUGGAUCACAAAUUGGCAAGAACUGAAGCUGGAAGAACUUUCAGUGCAAUUGUAUUAGACAAUCGGUUCUGGAAUGAAUGUUACCAAGUUGUGAAGAUUGUGUCUCCACUUAUGAGACUUCUGAGGAUUGUUGAUUCAGAUGAAAAACCCUCGUUGCCUUAUGUAUAUGAAGGGAUGCAAAGGGCUAAAAAUGGAAUCAAGGAGAUCUUUCAAAGGAAUAAAGAGCUAUACAAGCCUUACACUAACAUUAUUCAAGCUCGAUGGGACAAGCAUUUGAAGCAAGAACUUCAUGCCGCAGCUUAUAUGUUGAAUCCUGCAUUUUUGUAUAAUCCAACUUUCAUCAAAAAGAACAGAUUGCAAAAAGAUUUGAUUGAUGUCUUUGAGUCUUUCUCAAAUGAAAAUCUUGAUUUUUGUACAAUGAUGCAGCAAGUGUUUAUCUAUCGUGAUCGUAAGGAUUCUUUUGAUAGAUUUUCAUGUGAAAAAGCAGCUCAAAAACUAGAUCCUCAUCAGUGGUGGUCAUUUUAUGGGAGUUCAAUUCCGGAAUUGCAACAAGUUGCAAUACGUAUUCUUAGCCAAACAUCUUCUUCUUCUGGAUGCGAGAGGAACUGGAGCUUAUUUGAGCGGAUUCAUAACAAAAGAAGAAAUAGAUUGGAACAUGAAAGGUUAAAUGAUCUGGUUUUUACAAACUACAAUCUGAGAUUAAAAGAUAGGAAUCUAUUGAACAAGAAGAAGACAAAUUAUGAUCCUAUUGAUUAUGAAUCAAUUGAUAAAGUUGAUUUUUGGGUGGUUGAAGAUGCAACUCCUGAAUUUGAUAGUCUAGAUGAAAUAAAUUUUGAAAGAGUUGCCAAUAAUGAAGACAUUGCAACUACAUCAACUUUUGAGAUUGAAAGGCAUGAUGAAGGUGAUGAAGACAUGCAUAUUCCUGAGCCUCCACCUUUGAAUGAUGAUGAUAUUACUCCAAGUGCUUGUGCUGGUCCUUCUGUAGCUUCUUCACCUCCUCCUAGUGUCUCAAUGCCUAUGGAUUUAAAUGAAGUUAAUGAUAAUUUUGGUGUGGAUAAUUAUUAG